AACAAGGUCAGAUAAAUGGCUGCUCAUUAUCCAAACCCUCAAGAUACCACGAUAUGCUGAGUUGACCAAAGAGCGAUUCCAACAGGCAAGGUCCCCUGACGCAUUGGCUGUAUACCAUACUGGUUUAGGUCAAAUGCACAUCCCAAAAACGCCUACUCCCCCAUGCAGGAGACGCCCAGCUCCCUCACCAUGUUUUUCGCCUUCACGACGAGCUAUCGGAAAAGUAGGGAAGCAAACAGAGAAAGCGACACCCCGCCAGCUGAACCCUUGUUUUACACGACAUCCUCGCACCCAUUGACGGAUCCUCGUACUACGCAACUUCGCAGCUAUGCGAUCGCCACAGACGUCUACGUAAAGGCGGCCCCGGAGGACGCUGGGGAUCAUGCGGGAGAGACAUGGGUCGUGGACAAGCAGCCGACUUCCCCUCUCGCCAGAGGGCACAUCGCCACUCUGCGGACCCCCGACCACAUGGUCGGCUCGGGACGCGUAUCCAAAGUCGUGGCCUUCACCCGCCACUGGGUGAUACUACGCCUUGCAAGCGGCCGAGACGGAAGGCACAUCAGGGUCCCAAUUCCAUGGGUACACCUAGGCACUUACGAUAGCUUCGUUUAUAUGUCUCUCUACAACACCCUCUCACCCUUCCCGGAACCCCACGGCACAUAUAGGGAUCGCCCCUCCUUCGCCAAUACCGCGGAGAACCCGUACGAAUUCGAUCUCAAUGUGGCCCCCCUGGAGUUGGAACGGCUACGGAACAGGAUGGUCAAAGACCCGAGAGUGGUGUACCUCCUGGAGUCCGUAGAAAACGUAGCUGCCAUAGCGGGAAGUUGAGAUGCGUCCUUCACGGGCUCUGUCGGCAUCUGUGAUCAUAUGUUCCUCGCCCCAUCUCAGCUGCAAGCUGCUGCAUAUCAUGAUGCGCUCACCUUGUCACUUCUAUGACGCGGUAAUCCACGCGCAUGACCGCGUCGGGCAAUCAAUUAAUCAUGAGUCAAGUCAUGGGUGCUUUCGACCCUAUCGUACAUGUAGAAUUUCGAGAACAUGCC